GUCGUAACGCGGAUCACAUGACCGCCUGUCAACAUCCAAGAUGGCGGACGCGGACAGUCAGAGAUGUGUGAGCGCGUUAUUAAACGGUAUCACGCAAAGGUUUUAUCACGGCAACUUAGAUAUCACGGAGGAAUUACUUAAAAAUGAGCUUUAUCCAGAUAUGAGCCACGAGGAGUUUCAUGCUUUACACGAGAAGAUGAGAGCCGCUUUAAAGUCCAUCGCGUCUGCAGAUAUGGACCAGGCCCAGCUGGAAGCGUUUCUCACAGCACAGACACGCAAGCAGGGCGGCUUGAGUCCGGAGCAGGCGGCCGCUCUGUCUCGGUUCUGGAAGGCCCACCGCACACGCGUCCGAGAGAGUCUGCUGGCUCAGAGCCGCUGGGAGCCCGGCCUGAGGGGUCUGAAGUGGAGGGUCGACCUUCACACUUCCUCCAGCAGGGGGCAGCUGUCCAACAGCCCAGUGGCUCUGGUGGAGUUAGAGCUGGGUCGAACUGGUGAGAACUCUGAGUUUGUUUGUUUGGAGUUUGAUGAGCAGAAGGUCAAUCUGGUCCUGAAGAAGAUGGCAGAACUUCAGGAGAGCAUCAAUAGCAUUGUGCACCAGAGCUAGAGCCGUGCGUGCGUGCGUGCGUGCGUGCGUGCGUGCGUGUGUGUGUGUGUGUGUGUGUGUGAAUGUUUGUUAUGAAAGCUGUAUUGUCAUAAACAUUAUAAUCAUCACAAAUAAUCAUAUCUUUAUUAUCAAAGAUUUGUCAUUAUACUUAUACUAACACAACAACUGUUAUUAGAUUAAUUUUUAAAGCAUUGAUUGUUCUUGCUCCCACUGGACUUUAAUUACACAGAUGGGUUAUAGUGACGUAAUAAACCACACACAGCGGCAUGAAUAAUGCACAUUAAUGGGUUUGUCCAGAGUCUUCAUGUUUCACAAACAUUUCUUGUAUCCAAGCAGACCUUAAAACCCACACUUAUCUCAUCAUUCAAAAUGUGACUACUCUGUAAAUAGUCUGUAAAUAUUAAAAUGUAUGAAAUACAGUUUGAUCCAUCAAAAUUGUUUUGGAGCGUUUUUAGUUAGUCAGCUAAUAUUGACCUUACUGGCACAAACUGAUGUAAGGCCUGCUCUUACAAAUAAUGUAUGGCAAUCGAUUUCACAUAUCGGAGGUAAUAUUUAUUAUAUGAUUAUACUAAAGGUUGAGUGUUUAUUUCCAGGAACACAGAGAUACUUUCAUUGCUUCAUUUUAUAUAGGAUAUCUUCCUUUAUCAGUCUUUGUCCAUUAACAGACCUGACCGAGAAUAACCCCAGAUCGUCCGUCUUAAAGUGCCCAAAUAAAAUCAACUCCGAAAGGACAGAAUAAAUAAGUUGUCUUCUGCUCAUACGAUAAGAAAAGGAAUAAAGCAAUGCUGCAGAUUUGUUUUUAUUAAAUUAUAUUUCCAUAUAAUGCAUUUUCGUAUGUUUCUGGUUUUGUUGUGUAUAUAAAUAUUUAUGUUUAUUGUA